AUGAGGCUCUUGAGGACGAGGCGGCCCGCGCCGGAGCCCGAGACGACCGUCGAGGGGUAUAUCAGUUGUCGAGCUUCGGGCGUUCCUCUCAUCCCCCCUCCUCUCAAGCUCUCGCCCAAUCGCGGCCUCUGGCAGUUUGAAGACUUGCCGCCCAGCCCUAUCCAAGCGGACCGACCUUUAGAGCUCGAAGCGCGAGCCACCCACCAGAUCGACCAAAGUGAGCACGCGAGGCCAGAUCUGCUGUUGCCAGCCCGCUCCCUAUGCCUUGACUCAGCCCUCACCUCCCUCCACCGAACACCGCAUUGCGAUGUCGCCACCAGUAUGCACCCAUCCACCAAACCGCGUCACUUCUUGACUGUCGCCACCGUCGCCUUGUUGGCGCUCGCCAUGCUACCCAGCGUCCGGGCCGCCAUCUACCACUUCGACGCCGGCGGCGACUCGACGUUGACCUGCACGACUCCGAGGCCAGUGACGCUGGCGACCAACGCUCUCUCCAAGUGCACCCGCGGGACCCAGGCGCUUCCUCCGACCGAAUACGGCUGCCGCGAGCCCCUGAUGCCGGACCAGUUCUGCGCGGCGUGCCGCCAGGCCCGUGGCACCUGUCAGAGUCCGUGGUAG